AUGCCGACCUCCUCGAGCGUCUCCGCCUCGUCCAUCGUCGCUGGCACCUUAUGCGGCUACCACACGCUCAAGAUCGUCGGCUACUCGCACACCAAGGAUGUCCCUAAUGGCAAGUGGAUCGACUCUUGCCCGUUCCGGGUGGGAGGCCGCACAUGGCAUGUGCGCUACUAUCCCAACGGAGAAGACUCCAAGAACAUCGAUUGCAUAUCCUUCUUUCUCAAACUUGAUGGUACCCUUGCUGAAGGUGAGACCGUGAAGGCAGGAUUUAAGUUCAGCCUACUCGACCAAGAUGGGGAGCCAGUGCCGUCAUAUACAACCUCUGCCGAGACAAGAGACUUCUCCGUGCAUCCUAAAACUUGGGGAUUUAACAGGUUUAUCAGAAGGGUUGAGUUGGAGAAAUCAGAAUAUCUCAAAGACGAUUCAUUCACUGUCAAUGUUGGUGUUACUAUAAUGAGCCAGUGCCGCGCGCUGGAGAAUACACCCAUCGUGGUGCUACCGUCUGACAUGCAUCGGGACUUCGGGGAUCUCCUCUCGAGCAAGGCAAUCGUCGACGUCGAAUUCCUAGUCGGUGGGGAGACAUUCUCAGCGCACCGGUCAGUGCUUGCUGCGCGGUCUCCGGUCUUCCGAGCUGAGUUCCUUAGCCCGAUGAAGGAGAGCACAGCAACAGGUCCCAUACGUAUAGAUGACAUGGAGGCACAAGUCUUCAAAGCUCUUCUUACUUUCAUGUACACGGAUGCACUGCCUGAUAUGGACCAACAAGAAGAGUAUGCCAUGACUCAACAUCUGCUUGUUGCGGCAGACAGAUACGGCUUGGACAGGCUGAAGCUCAUUUGUGAAGAUAAGUUAAGCAGCGGUAUCGACACGAGUUCCGUCGCGGCCAUCUUGGCAUUGGCGGAUCAGCACAACUGUUCUGAGCUUAAGGAGGCAUGCUUGGCGUUCCUUCGAGAACCGACCAAUCUAGACGAGGCCAUAGAGUCUCAAGGUUUCGAGUUAUUAACCAAGACCUCCCCUGGUGUUAUUAAGGAACUCCUCAAGUCCCAGGUUAUUCCCAGUUCACUUGGGAAAAGGAAAUCAAGGGCAUGA